AACGUUUAUGUCUCGCGAGGUUUAGCGUUGCUGUCUGACGCUCUCGCGUGAUUUCUCAAACCUGUCAUGGCUGCCCUGAGGAAGCUACAGAUUUGUGCCCUGUCUCCGACCGGGAAGCACUCCGCGUCGCUCAUAUUCCUGCACGGCUCAGGUGACACUGGCCAGGGACUGAGAGCCUGGGUUCGAGAUGUUAUAGUGCCAGAUCUGGCCUUCAACCACAUCAGAGUUAUUUACCCAACAGCUCCAGCGAGGCCAUACACACCUAUGCGAGGGGCUCUGUCUACUGUCUGGUUUGACCGUUACAAGAUCUCACGGGACUGCCCGGAGCACCUUGAGUCCAUAGAUGCCAUGUGCAGCACCUUAGGGUCCAUCAUUCAGGAUGAGGUCAAUGCCGGGAUCCCCAAACACCGGAUAAUAAUCGGGGGAUUCUCAAUGGGUGGGGCCAUGGCCCUCCACCUGGUGUGUCGGUACCACCCUGACGUGGCAGGAGUUUUUGCACUGUCAAGCUUUCUCAACAAGGACUCAGUUGCUUUUCAGGCGGUGGAGGAGCGGCACAGAACAGGACUGCCUCUACCCGAGCUGUUCCAGUGCCAUGGGACCAGUGAUGACCUUGUGCUGCAUCAGUGGGGGGAGGACACAUCAGUGUUGCUAAGGAAGGCUGGCAUGACCGCAACCUUUCAUUCGUUCCCAGGCCUGUACCACCAGCUAUCCCAGCCUGAGAUGGAGUUGCUGAGAAGCUGGAUCCUCGAGAAGCUUUCACCCACCAUCUCCUCCUAACUCACUCUACAUCAUGAUGAGACUAUAUGACCUGGGGUUGGGACACUGUCUAUCUGUGCAGACCAGUAUUGAGCCUGAUCAUUGCCAGUCACUUAUAGAAAAUACACACAUACACAAUGAGUAAAUAUUGGGGUAAACAGAACAAAUGCAACCCACAGCAAUAAAUCAUGUUUUAAAAACACCUAUCCACAUUUCAACAUCAUCAUGUUUUGAGAUUUAUCCGGAAUAAAGUAUGUCCUAAGAAAUAACGGACCUUUCUGCAAAAAAAAAGUUGUGAUACAGUG